GGUGGGGGCAGGGCGAGCGCCCGGCUCUUUCCGAGCAUCCUUCAAUGUGUGUGUCCCUAUGGUGAAGUCGAAGGACGAGUGCGUCCCCAGAGCCUUCCAGCCAGUGACGGAGAAAGCGGGGAGCCAGGCAGGGGCCCUCCAGAGGAGGAGGAGGAGGGAAGAGGUGUUAAAAAUAGCCGAGCCGGCUCUCAGCAGUUGCCCGCAGUUGCUGCAGUGUGGGUCCCUCCUUGCUGAGAUGAGGGAGUGAGGGCAGACAGGGAGGAGAGGAGGAGGGAAGCCUCCCAGGGUCCAGGAGGGGCGUCUAAACUUGGAUGGCCGCUCAUUCCCAGCUCCCUGGGGAGACCAGUCAGCUGUUGGUCCCCGAUCGCAUUGCUCAGGAGGGUAGCUCAUCAACUUCAAAACACAGCCUGACCAGGGGAGAUUGCAAAAGCUCCCUCCCUCCCUCCCCACCCCCACUGUCGUCCCCACCCCCACUCCUGGCCAGCAUCAAAGGACUUAUAAACGGAGGCGCCCUGCCCAGCCCCGGAGAACACUGGAGAAGUUUCUGGGCUCUGCUGUUUAUUUAAACUGCUGCUUGAGCUCAGGGAAAAGGACAGAAGAGACAGCCCAGCCGGCGGCCCAGACUGGCUCUGCAGCCCCAAAGGGUACUGGUGCCUACCUCUGCUUGCCUGCCCGCAGUCCAGAGAGAAUCCACCCAGAUCUGAAGGGGGCUGGGCACUUGCUGCCCUCUUCCCUCCUUCCCUUGCCUGGGUUUAAAUCCCUUGGUGAGUUUUGGCAAAGGGAGGGCAUAUCUGGAGAGAUUCCUGCCGCUGGAGGUUUGGCACCCCUAUCCUGCCCCCCCACCCCCCAGGGCUGAGGCAGCUUCACCGAGGGAGGACUCUGCUUUUGGGGAGGGGCCUUGGAUGGUUAUUCACUGAGAAGCCACACAAGGAGCCAGUCAGGGCCAGAAGAGUCGAGUCAACUGUGACUGGUGCCCUUCGCCCACGGUGCCCAGCUAGGGCUGUUGCCACCGUUUAGGCGUCAGAGAAGGGCUAUUCUGCCCUAACCCGAGCCUGCAGCCAUGGCCGAUGGCCAAAUGCCUUUUUCUUGCUCCUACCCUUCUACCCGCCUGAGGAGAGACCCUUUCAGGGAGUCACCCCUGUCCACUCGCCUGCUGGACGAUGAUUUUGGCAUGGCCCCUUUCCCCGACGACCUGACUGCUGACUGGCCUGAUUGGGCCCGCCCCAGACUGUCUCCAUGGCCAGGUCCCCUGAGGGCAGGCAUGGCACCCAUGGGCCCUGGCAUGGCCCCUCCAGUCUAUGGGGCCAGGUAUGGGCCCGUUGAAAACCGAAGCCCACCCCCCUGUCCUGGGGAACCCUGGAAAGUCUGUGUCAACGUACAUAGCUACAAACCAGAGGAGCUGACUGUCAAGACCAAGGAUGGCUUUGUGGAGGUGUCCGGCAAACAUGAAGAGAAGCAACAAGAAGGGGGAAUUGUUUCCAAGAACUUCACAAAGAAAAUCCAACUCCCAGCCGAGGUGGACCCGGUGACGGUGUUCGCUUCCCUCUCUCCGGAGGGCCUGCUGAUCAUCGAAGCCCCCCAGGUGCCUCCCUACUCGGCGUUCGGAGAGAGCAGCUUAGACAGCGAGCUGCCGGUGGACAACCAUGAAGUCACCUGCGCUUGAAGAGGCCUCCAGAGGAAGAAUUCUCGUUGUCCUCCUCCCCCUCCCCUCCCCCAGACCCUAGAGAUUCUCUCUGAUUCCAGAUGCAAUUACAUUAGCUCAAUAGAGGUGUAUGUUGGAUAGAAAAGGUUGUUUUCCUGCUCUUGCCAUUGAGAGGCCUCCCGCCCGGAAGCAUCCUCUCCCAGAGUGCUUAGCUACUGAUGCCUGCCCCGUCCUGAUGAGAACUGGCCCUGGGCUUCUCCCAGGAUGGAGAGCUGGCCCUCCCGACCCCCAGAGGGGCCGCUGAUGAUGGCAGCCCGGCUGCUCUGCUCCCAAACCCUGCCCCCCUUUUCCCAGGGCCCAAAGCCAUGCCCAGAAAUACCCCCGAGGCUUAGGUGGGCCUGCCUCAAAAGCUAGCUCUCCCAUCCCCCUAGUGCUGCUCAGCGAGCCCCUCUGCGUUCCUGCGGGCCACUAGCCAUCCCCUAGCCUCACAAAGAGAAGGUUUUAGAGGUCUUACAUGCAUUAAGUGUUUAUCUGUAAAUUAGACCGAAGUUGGGGGGUACCAUUUUUGUUGUUUAUAUUUGCUCUAAGUUAAUUAGAUAUUUAUGGAGAAGGACCCGAAUGGGGGAUCUCGGGCCCCCUCGGGUCAUUUGCUGGCUAACUCUUCUCUUUGACCCCCUCCUCUGUCUAGUCCCCCCCUCCCUUUUUUCCAGGUCUAGAUUUUCCCAGGAGGGAAUUGCCAGGUUUGGACCUUGCCAGGAACCAAGUGCCAGCCAGACAGACAGAACUGACAAAGACAGGCUGGGAACUUUCCACAAUGUGACAGUGUCAUGUGCUUGGGUGGGAACAUUUCUGUAUUGUGCUGAUUUUUUUCCAGUUGUGCUCUUGUUUGAGGGGAAUUAACUUUAUGAAUAAUAAAAAAGAAAUCGAUCUUCGUA